AGAGCACAAGUUCAGCACAUUUCAAGUGGACCCUGCAGGCCUGAACGCUUCACCUGUAAUUCUCUUCUCAUCAGGUGCCAGCAUGGAUGUGGAGGAUGAGCCACUGCUGUUUCAGACCAGCUGGGGAGGCGAGGAAGAUGACGAGGAGGAGGAGCAGGAGGAAGAAGAUGGAGUAGAACACGCAGCAGGUCGGAGGUGCUUCUCUGGGGAGGAGUGUGGACUGUGGAGGGCAGUGGGGUGGGUGUACACUCAGCCCUGGGCCAGUGGAGUGGUUUUAGGGGUAGUUGUGUCACUACCCUGCGCCCUGUUUGCCUACAUGCUCCUCUACUGCCCUCCUCUGGACAUAGACCUGUCCUACAGUGCCUUUGAGGUUCACAGCCACUUCUCUGCAGAGCGCUUCGACGCCCUCGCCAUCGCUGUGAAGACUCAGCUGGGGUCAUGGGACAGACGUAGGCGGGACAUAGAGGACAGCGAGUCGGAGGCCCUGAUGGAGCUCCUGCUGGAGAGGCUGAAGGGACAGGAAGUGUUCAACAGGACGGAUAAUGAGGGCGUCGGGUCCCCCGCUCCUCAAAAAGAGCUUUUACAGGCAGCAGAUGAUCAGAGGAGACGAUCCGCUGUGAGCACAGAUAAAAGCAGAGUGCUUGUUGAUAUGGGUCAGGAUGAAACGGGGAAGCACAAAGACUCAAAUCAAAGAGCAGAGGAGGAGGCGGAGAGAUCACGGGAUGGAAAUAUGACUCUGCCUCUCAUCAGGAGGCGCAGGUUUGCUCCCAAUUACUACCUGCAGAGCCAGGCCCAGUGGAGGAUUGAGCUGGUGUUUGUGGCUCAAGGGGAGGGAGAUCUGAACAUCUUCACUCCUGAACGCCUGCAGACCAUUCACCAUGUGGAGCGACUGCUCAUGCAGCACCCUCAGUUUCAUCAGUUCUGCUGGAAGCCUCUGGAGAUGCUGAGGGAUCUGCCACUGGGACCCUCCUACUGCUCCCCCCCCAGCUCCCUCCUGUCCUACCUGUACCCCAGUGAGAGAGGAGGCAAGAUCUACUACGAUGGCAUGGGCCCUGAUCUUGCUGAUAUUCAAGGGUCUCUGAGUCUGGCCAUCACCCACCCACAGUUCUACUGGUACGUGGAUGAGAGUCUGUCUCCUGAGCGUCUCUCCUCCUCUCUCUUACGCAGUGAGAUCCACUUCGGGGCUCCUCUCCCUUCCUUCUACUCCCUGCAGGACCGAGCUCACGAGCAGAGGUCACGCUUCAAGAACUUUGUGGUUCAGUACGCAGACAUCCUGGCCAAGCAGUCUACCAGCCAGGUGAAGGUGCUGUACGGGGGCACGGAGCUGUUUGAUGAUGAGGUGAGACACACCUUUCACAACGACAUGAUGCUGGCUGUCAUCAGUGGAGCCUGCAUUACUGUGCUCGUCUAUGUCCUCACCUCCUUUUCUGUGUUUCUGACUUUCUUUGGACUCGCCAGCAUUGGACUGAGCUGCCUGAUGGCUCUUUUCUUGUACCAUGUUGUUUUUGGCGUGAGGUACCUGGGCAUUCUCAAUGGAGUUGCAGCCUUUGUUAUUAUUGGGAUUGGGGUGGAUGAUGUAUUUGUGUUCAUCAGCACCUUCCGACAGGCUUCCCAUCUGCGUCAGCCGCAGCAGAGAAUGAUCUACACAAUUAAAACAGCCGGCCGCGCUACUUUCCUCACCUCCUUCACUACUGCCGCUGCCUACGCUGCCAACACUUUCUCUCAGAUCCCGGCCGUGCAUGACUUCGGCUUAUUCAUGGCCCUCAUUGUGAGCUGCUGCUGGCUCUGGGUCUCCGCCCUGAUGCCCGCCGCCCUGUGCAUCUGGACUGAGGUUGUGGAGCCUCAGGAACACGCCUGGUUGAAUUGCUGGAAGCUGUUUUCAGGGCUGUCAGCGAGCCACAGUCCUUUGUCAGAUGAGGAUGAUGAUGUAGCACUUCUGUCAGUGGAGAUGGAGCCAGGCUCCUGUGACACAGACGGUGAUGCAUCCAUUCUGUCCCUGUCGGUGGAGACACCUCCGUUUGCUCCGGGGCAGCAGCAUGUGGGCGUGGUGAGCACUAACCUCCGAUGGGCCCUGAAGCACUUAGCGGCAGAGCCAGCUGUGGAGCGACGGAAAGCCGUUCUAGGUGUCUUCCUCCUGGUUCUGCUCUUAUCUGCCGGCUGCUGCUGUUUCCUGAGGCCGGCCACUCACGCCCCCCUCCUCUUCCGCCGGGACACAAACCUCCAGACUCUGCUGGCUCUGAGGAGUAACCUCAGCGGGCAGGGCAUCUCCUGUCCCAUGUGCUCAGGUGUGUUCAUGGAAAAGCCCCAUCCUCUGUACACACACACUUCCUCCUCAGCAUUUAAGUUCUCCACACAUCAGCAGCACCCGAGCACAUCCACCUCCAAUGCUCAUCGGACCUCAGUAAAACCAAAUUCAAACACCAACCAAACAGACUUUUUACUCACAGUGUUCAUAUCAAAGUUGGACCACGUCUCCUCUGCAACCCUUUACCGCUUCUCCCUCAACACCAGCACCCCCUCCCCGUGGAAACUGUGCAGCACAGAGCAUGAACAGGUGUCAUCAUUUCAGGCUUAUAAUCAGCCCCGCGGCAAUUACACCAGCAGAAUGACAGUGUGUGUUUCCCAUGUGUACCACCCGUACCCCAGCUGGAUGAUCACAUCCACCUCGUGUGAACGCCGGCACGGCUGGAGCCCAGAGUUUUCCUUUUAUGUGGCGACGUCUGUGCAGCAGAGCAGCAGGAGAUUGUACUUCGCGCAGCGCCACAUGAGACCUCAUCCCAGCCGAGUGUGUGUCAACCCGCCCGGCUGUGGCAUCAGUUUUGGGCCUGAUGGACCCACACAGGGAUCUUUUUAUCUUCCUUUUCCCAGCGAUCCCUCGUCUGCUGCCAAGAUGAAGUCAUCCAAAACGUUUGGUUUCAACCCUUGCAGUGGGGGGGCAUGUGGCCGCCCGGCGGUGCGUCCUCUGGUGGACACCGGGGCCAUGGUGUUCGUUGUGUUCGGCAUCCUGGGAGUCAACCGGACCGAGCACAGGGACAACCACGUGAUCGGAGAUAUGGGCAGCAUCAUAUUGGAUCCAGACUUCGAUGUGUUCCAGGAAAUGGAGCAUCUUUGCAAAAUCUGUAAAGCUAUAAGUGCAAACACACAACUCGUGAAGCCUGGAGGAGCGCAGUGUUUACCUUCAGGUAACAAGCUGUCUUCUGUCCUGCCUCUGCUCCACCCUGAGUGUCUCUCCCUCCCGCAGCCCAACCUGCUCCCGGGGCAGCUCUCCCACGGGGCGGUGGGGCUGCACGGAGGAAAGGUCCGCUGGCUGUCCAUGGCCUUUGAGUCUACCACAUACAAGGGCAAAUCCUCCUUUCAGACCUACUCCGACUUCCUUCAGUGGGAGAACUUUAUCCAGGAGCAGCUCGCCUCUCUCCCACAAUCCUCCGCUCUGCAACGGGGUUUCCAGACCUGCGAGCACUGGAAGCAGAUCUUCAUGGAAAUCAUAGGAGUGGAGAGUGCCCUCUGGAGUCUGCUGCUGUCUCUGGUCAUCUGUGUGGCCGCUGUGUCCGUGUUCACCGCACAUCCUCUGCUGCUGCUCCCAGUGCUCGUAACCAUUGUAGGAGUGAUCUGUCUGGUGGUGGCCAUCAUGUAUUGGCUGGGCUGGGAGAUGGGAGCGGUCGAGGCCAUUUCCCUCUCCAUACUCGUGGGAUCUUCGGUGGAUUACUGCCUGCACCUGGUGGAGGGGUACCUGCUGGCUGGGGAGACCAUGAGCUCCACGCCUGGGCAUAACUCGGAGCCGGGGGUCGAGAGGCAAAGGCGGACCCUGGAGGCAGUCAACCAUGUGGGCGUUGCCAUAGUGUCCAGCGCCGUCACCACGGUGAUCUCCACAGUCCCUCUCUUCUUCUGCGUCAUUGUGCCUUUCGCCAAGUUUGGCCAGAUAGUGGCUAUAAACACCGCCGUCUCCAUUUUGUUCACCCUGACCGUGACUGUGGCCAUGUUGGCCUGGGUGGCCCCCCCCCGCUUCAACCGCACCCCCCGCGCUGUGCUGAAGGCCAGCCUCGCCGUGAUGGUGGCGUCAGCCUUGGGAGCGUUUAUCUGCUGGGUGGGGGGACAGUUUGGAGUGCUGGCCUGGCAACCAAUCAGCACGUAAACACACACCCGUCCGCCAACUCACACUGAUGUCAGACAGGGGAGUUCCUCUGUUCACUGAAAGCACUCAGAAUAGCAGAUCAGUAAAUGAUCUCUACAGCACAAAGAUGUCAGAUUCCUUUAUUAGAAGCUGUUUCUCAUGACCAAACACAUCUUUUUAUCUUGUAUUAAUCAGUGGAUUGUAAGCACAUGUAAUAAGUGUUAAUGACUCAAUGAAGUGGGUCGACCUUUCUUGGUUGACUCAAUGAGUCAGUUAUUUAUUUGAUCCCAUGUCGCCUUCAGCCUGGAGGUGGAGAUGAUUCAGUGAUUAUUGGGAAAUGGAGGUUGAGUCACAGUUUUCAUUGGUGUAGCUCAUCGAGUUGUGAAGAGCUGAUGACUGUUCUGUGACCUGUGAACACCGACAGCGUGCUCUGACGUGUGCUAAGCGGCUCUCAUGAUUAACGUGACACAUCACCUUUCUUUCACUUAUUGUAAUUUUCUUCUUCAGCCACAUUUGUAAAGCUGUCUGGAUGUGGCUGGAUUAAAAGUUGUACUAGUCAAGUUUUUACCGUGCACAGUUUUGUGAUGUAAAUGUUUCAGUAAGCUGCUCUCACACAUUGUGAACUGAACUCUUGAUGCUGCCAGCACACACUUCUUCUUAAGAGAUGUUUAUACUUAAAACCCCUUUCCCUUCACGUUUAUAUCUUGGAGCUCAAACUGCUUCUGGUUUUUCCUUUCGUUAUCAGCUCCAAGUGAAAGAGACCUCUUGUCGGCUCCUCAGGUGUACGCUCACAUCGUCCACUGCACUUACACACACUCACUUACACUCUGCUCUCUUACAGUCUAGAGUAGCACUCAAACACCCAUCAACGCCGGCUCCAGUGUGCCCCUCAGUGAGGGUAAGGGCCAUUUGUCAAGCCACAUAACACAAUAAUGGUUAGGGAGAGGGACUCGACUGCAGCGAGAACAGUACAUUUUGUUUUGUGUGUUACUUGUGAAUGUCAAAUAAAACAAGUGCAGGAAG